AUGACUUUCCUCCAAGGCCAGUGCGAGGAUGACUGCUAUUCUCCCUGCAAUUACGGGAGCCUGUACGGCUACCGGGGCUAUGACUGCGGGAGCCCCUGCGGCUACCGGGGCUAUGGGGGCCUCUAUGGCUACCGGGGCCUCUACGGCUUUGGGGACCGGUACGGCUAUGGUGGUCUGUACGGUUACCGGGGCAUUUAUGGCUCUGGGGACUGCUACGGCUAUGGGGGUCUGUAUGGCGGCUAUAGGGGCUUCUAUGGCUCUGGGGACUGCUAUGGCUACCCAGGCUUUUACUCCGGCCGCUAUGGCUACCCCUUCGGUUCACGAUAUGGCCAAAGGUUUGGCUAUGGGAGCUGCUACUCCUGCUAA